GUCUUGACGUGCACUUCUGCAGGUGUUUUUCAUCGAAAACGGAAAACCGCAACCAGCAUGAAGCGAAAUUUUUGUUUGGUUUGCGUUUUUGCUCUAGCGCUUUUGUCCAUUUUUGUGCGCUUGAACACAUACCAGCAUGGCUUUGACAGUCGAUCACAUCCACCGCGUGUUGCACUUUCCGAUAUUCAUAUAAGUGUUUAUGACGAGGCCUCUCGUAUAGAAGAUCUCGAAGCUUUUCUUCGUCGGAAUGUCAAGGUGAUACGACCCUAUCUGCUCUUGAUAUCUGGCGACUUGGUAGACGCGAAAUCUAAAGACAAACACUCAUCUACGCAGCUGUCAACUGAGUGGGAGAUCUAUAGCACUAUUCUUAGAGAAACCAACGUAUUAAAUUUCACCCGCCUGUUGGACAUUCGCGGAAACCAUGAUGCUUUCAACGUCCCUAGUGGGAAUGCGCAAACUAACUAUUUCCGAACACAUGGGGUGCAAGGUCACCGACUCUCGAACUCGUAUUCAUUCAACCUUGGACUACCCUUUGGAAAGUAUUCAUUCAUUGCGCUCGAUGCAUGUCCUGAUCCUGGACUGAUGAGACCGCUGAAUUUUUUCGGCCACAUUGCCCCGGAGACGGAAGAAGACAUCCGGGAAUAUGUCAAGACCACUCAAUCCAGCAAUCUGACUUUUUGGUUCGGCCAUUAUCCUACGUCGACCAUCGUGUCUCCUUUUGCACUGCGUUCCAUAAUUGGCUCUUCUGCAUAUGCGUACUUCUGUGGUCACCUGCACACCCUCCUGGGAUGGGUCCCGAAGAUGUACGGCUUACAACCACAAGGAUUCCUGGAAUUGGAGCUCGGUGAUUGGCGGGAUAAUCGCUACUAUCGGAUCGUUGCUGUAGACCACGACCUGGUCUCGUUCAUCGACGUACGAUUCUCCCCCAGUAUAUCCAGUGCGGAGUGGCCAGUCAUCUUGGUGACUAAUCCAAAACACGCUAACUUUCUGCUCCCUCACAAGGAACCUUUCUACCGAAUUGAACAAUCAGACCAUAUUCGGAUCCUAGUCUGGUCACCGUAUUCGGUCGAAUACGUGUCUGUUAGCAUCGAUGGUGUCAAAAUUGGAAAUGCAACACGUGCACGGAUUCCUCCUAAUGCGACAGUUCCCGAUCUAAGUCCUCCUAUUCCAUUGUUCGUUUUGCCUUGGAAUCCAGCAAUUUGGUUAACGGGCUCGGCUCACACGAUUCAAGUAGUAGCACAGGAUGUGAACGGAAAUCGUCGCGAAAUCACUCAACCAUUUUUAGUGAGUGGAACACCACCUUGGAAUUUCCCUUUCAUUCCAAGUUUGUUUGUUACCAGCGAUCAUACGUUCAACAUCCGAACUCUCUUCUAUGUCCUGUGGUCGUAUUUAUUUGGCCUUAUCGUGAUUCCAAGACUAUUCUCGCAAUAUCUGCAUCGUCACGCUUGGAGCAGGAACCGGUUAGUUGCCGGACUCUUACGGCUGGCGUCCACUGAUACGUUUGCCUACCCUUUAUUGAUUUAUUUGGUCUACGUUGCAGCUGGUCCCAUUUUUAUGGGUUAUCUAGUGGAUGAACACUUUGCUGUGGUUUUCAGCUUCGGUGUUUACGUUGCCGGAUCGUUGAUUGCAGAGUCUCUUACCUACAUGUAUGAGUCAAUUCAGCUCCUUGUUUUCUGCGUGAUCGUGUUGCCGGCCUUCAUUUGGCACCUUGGACUCCCCUCUCGUCUCAGCGCUUCCUCAGCAUCGGAAAACGAACGUCCUCACAUUUCAGCCCAAAAGACUGUGUUUAUCAUGAUGCACUCUUUGUCAUGUUUACUUUUUUCCAUGUGCAUUUUGUACACAAUUAUCCAGGUUCGCCUAACUUUGUCUUACAUUGGCUUUCCAUACGGAGCACUCGCUGUCCUUUUGAGUCCCGGCCGAAUCGGGCCCGUCUUACUGGUCUGGUAUCUUGCCUACCAAACCACUCGACUCUCAGUCGCGUUGGUAAAUGUUAACUCCCCGUUAGAGGACCACGAGAGGAGACAAAUUAAUGGUAUCGUGCACCUGAUCUACACGCGAUUAGAUCGACGUGAUGAAGCCUAUUCGAUGAAUGCACGGUACUCACUGCGUAACAAGAAUACUGAUCCAUCCCCAUCUGCCUCAAUGAACAACAUAUUCUGGUUCAUUCAGAUUACAGAUUUGCAUCUCAGUAUUCAUCAGGAUGCGUCUCGUUCAACAGAUUUUGAGAAGUUUUGCAAUAACACCGUGCGUACUAUUCGUCCGGAAUUUGUGUCUGUUUCCGGUACACUGACCUUUCUUGCCACAAACACUCUCAUCUGUUCAGGAGAUAUCACGGAUGCCAGAUCAGCUGUUUUUAUCAGCUCAAAACAAUAUCUAUCAGAAUGGUCUUCCUACCGAGCUGCAAUCCGGAAGUCGGGUAUUCUCGACCUGACUACAGUUUACGAUAUUCGUGGGAAUCAUGACAUGUUUGAUGUUCUCAGGGUGAACCAUAGCACAGACUAUUUCAGCAAAUAUGGUGUUCAGGGUCCAAGCCACACACGAUCCUACCUUUAUACCGUUCGAAAGCCUUUUGGAAAUUACUCUUUUAUUAAUCUGGAUGCCUGUCCCAAGGCGGGAGUCAACUUCCCACUCAAUUUCUUCGGUGAACUCACACCAGAUGUAGAGAAACAACUUCUAGAAUUUGUUUCAAGAACGGAGCGGAGCAAUCACACAUUUUGGUUUGGUCACUACCCAACCUCCACAAUCAUUUCACCACGAUUGAACCUUCGGGACCUUCUUGGGCAGAGUUCUUUCGCUUACUUUUGUGGCCAUCUGCACACGGCCCAUCGACUGAUUCCAAGAAUGUACGUUUUGCAACCUCAGGGUUAUCUGGAACUGGAGCUUGGCGAUUGGCGUGAUGGACGGUAUUUCCGUAUUGUGGCGGUGGAUCACGAUUUGGUUUCAUUUGCGGACUUCCGAAUGUUUCAUGGUACGCAGCAAGCCACCGAAUGGCCAAUCAUCCUUGUGACCAAUCCAAAGGAUUCUGACUUUCUACUUCCACAUAAGGAACCGGCGUACCGCAUUUUGAGCUCUACUCACAUCAGGAUUCUUGUGUGGUCGUUGUACUCAAUUCUUGACGUUUCGGUCUUCAUUGAUGGAGAGUUUCAAGGCAAUGCGACUCGGGCUACUCCGGUCAGCUAUGACCCUUCCCCUCUUUUUGUGUUGCCGUGGAAUGUAACUCGAUGGGCAGAUCGAAAUGCUCAUGAAAUACGUGUUGUGGCUACGGAUGCUUCGAAUAACCGGCGAGUUGUGUCGCACCAGUUCGUAGUCAAUCGUGAACCUACUUGGAAUUUCACCCGUUUAGCUGGUUUCGCUUUACACCCGGAUCAUUCUUUCAACCUUAAACUAGUCUUCUACUUGUUAGAAGGCAUUUUCUUUUGUUUCCUACUGAUGCCACGAUUGAUUCCGUCAAAAUUUUCCCGCAACUGUUUGCGAAGUUCUCGCUUUUGCGUGGGUCUCUACCGCCUGACGCAUUUCAACCCUUGUUGUAUUCCUCUUCUGGGUUUCAUUCUUUAUCAGUGUUGCGGUCCAACCUUUAUGGGCUUCCUGAUUGGUUAUCAUUUCGGUGUCGUUUUCAGCUUUGGUAUCGUUGUUGGUACCACUUUUGUCGUGGAAUCCCUCACCUACGUGUACGAGGGUAUUCAGCUCCUCAUAUUUGUGAUUUUUUACAUUCCACUUCCCGUAUGGUAUCUUGGAAGGACCCAUGCCGUUUCUCGCACAGAAUCCGUCAACCUGAUCCCAACGGAAGACAAAACUCCGUCUAUAUGUGAUCGAAAUCCGGCUGCAGUACCAACUGUUCGUGUACAGCAAUCGGUGCCGAUCCGUUGCGUUGGACGAAUUCCGUUAGCUCUGUUCAUUCAUGCUGUAAUUUUCAGUUCUCUUCAACUCCUGUUUCUGAUUGUGACUAUUGGUAUUCCGUAUGGAGCAUUGGCAGCCUUUCUUAGCCCUGGACGUCUAUAUCCAGUCGCCCUGUGCUGGUUCAUAGCCCUGCAAGCAAACGAGAUUCUGACUCGUGUGCCCGGAAUUUGAUGCCUCCUUUCAAUCACUGACCACGUUGCCCG